GUCGGGGACCGAGUGGUGGCAUUCUCUGACUACAAGGCCUGGUCAGAGCUGGUAGCCAUCCCCACCAAGUAUGUAUACAAGAUCCCAGACAACCUGAGCUUCCAUGAUGCUGCUGCUCUCCUCAUGAACUUCGUUGUGGCCUACAUCAUCAUGUUUGACCUGGCUGGGGUCCGUGAGGGUCAGAGUAUCUUGGCACACUCACUGGGCGGAGGAGUUGGUCAAGCCAUUGUGCAGCUGGCAAACACCAUCCCCAAUGUGGUGAUCUUUGGCACAGCAUCUGCUCACAAACACGAGGCCAUCAAGUCCAAAGGCAACGUGGCACACUUGUUUGAUCACAGUGUUGACUACACACAGGCUAUCCGAAAGGAAUCUUCUGAUGGAGUAGAUAUUGUCUUAGACUGUCUCUGUGGCGACGAUACAAACAAAGGCAUUGCAAUACUCAAGCCCAUGGGAAAGUACAUCCUUUUUGGCUCAUCAAACAUCGUCACGGGGGAAACCAAAAGCUUCUUCAGUUUUGCCAAGUCUCUCCAAUUGCCAGAUAAUCUUGUGUGGUGGCAAGUGGACAAGAUCAACCCCUUGAAGCUGUAUGAUGACAAUAAGCUGAUCGGAGGAUUCCAGCUUCGGCGCCUGCUGUUCCGCCAGGGCCACUACGAGUACAUCGGCAAAGUUGUCUCCAAAGUGCUGGACCUCUACAACCAGGGCAAGAUCAAGCCCACCAUUGAUUCCGUCUGGGCCUUUGAGGAUGUUGGUGAGGCCAUGCAGAAGCUGUGUGAUCGCAAGAAUGUAGGCAAAAUUAUCCUAGACCCAACUGCAGAACCAAGACCAAAGUCCCCAGAGAAGAAAGCUCCAGAAGCCAGUGCCAAUGCUGAAGGCACACCUGGGGGCGAAGAGAAGAAAGAGCCGGUGGCAAACGGAGAGUGA